AUGGUCCCUUCCAACUUUACAGUCUAUUCUAAGAACGAAACUGAAAACAGAGUGUCUGUUUCAAGACAGGAAGCUUCCAAAGUAGAAUCACAAGGGAUACCAUUGGUAGGUGUCCAAGGGGCCAUUUCCCAGGACUCCCAAUCUGAAGAAACGUGUGGAUUGGGGGGCAGCGUAGAGGUACAACAGGAAAAGCCAGAAGGGGAAAGACUGGAAGGCUCAGAUAAGGAAGAGAAAGAUCUUGGCAGCGGGACAACCUGCACAAGUGAGCAGCCAGUAGAAAAGGAAUGUGAUAAAAGCUCCAAUCCUGUUCCACAAGAGACAGGUCCUGCAGGGGAGAGAGCCCAGAGAUGUAAUUUGCAUGAGCAUGGCUGCAGGCUGAAUGCUGACUAUGGAAGUCAAUCGAAACCCCACUGUGGAGACAAACCUCAUAAGUGUGACCAGUGUGGCAAAGCUUUUAGGAGGAGCUCCAACCUUCUUCAGCACCAGAAGAUUCAUAGUGGAGAGAAGCCCUAUAAAUGUAAUGAAUGUGGCAAAGCCUUCAGUCGUAGCACGACCCUCAUUCAUCAUCAGACAAUUCACAGUGGAGAGAAACCUUAUGAAUGUAACGAAUGUGGCAAAGCCUUUAUGGCAAGUUCUGCACUUAUCCGCCAUCAGACGAUUCACAGCGGAGAGAGACCCUACGAAUGUACCGAGUGUGGCAAAGCCUUCAGCCGCAAUUCCAUCCUUCUCGAACAUAAAAGGAUUCACAGCGGAGAGAAACCAUACGAAUGUAAUGAAUGUGGCAAAGCCUGCCGUGGGAGUUCCAAACUUAUCGAACACCAGAGAAUUCACACUGGAGUGAAACCCUAUGAAUGUAAUGAAUGCGGAAAGACUUUCAGUCAGAACUCACACCUUACUCAGCAUCAAAGAAUCCAUACUGGAGUGAAGCCUUAUCAGUGCAGUGAGUGUGGCAAAGCCUUUAGGCAGAUAGCCACUUUUAUUAACCAUCAGAGAAUUCACAGUGGAGAGAAGCCCUACGAGUGCAAUGUGUGUGGCAAAGUCUUCAGGGUGAGGUCUGAUCUCAUUCGACAUCAGAGAAUUCACAGUGGAGAGAGGCGCUAUGAAUGUAACGAGUGUGAGAAAACCUUCAGUCAGAGCUCAUGCCUUAUUCAGCACAGGAGGACUCAUAGUGGGGAGAAACUUUACGAAUGUAAUGAGUGUGGGAAAAAUUUUAGUCGCAGCUCAAACCUCAUUCAGCAUCAGCGGAUUCACAGCGGAGAGAAGCCUUAUGAAUGCAGUGAAUGUGGCAAAGCCUUCAGCAGGAGCUCAAACCUUAUUCAGCAUCAGAUGAUGCAUACUAGGGUAUAAGGAAUACAGGAAAGACUUGUGGGAUGUAGAGAAAGAUGAGCCCUCUUGGCAAGUUACCAGAUCUUCAUGGACCUCAGCUCAGCUCUCUGUAAAAGGGACUUGGACUACGUCAUUGAUGAGCUCUCUCUCUUUGCAGCCUGCCCUCCUAACGUUGCGGCCUCAUACGUGCACUCUGUCCCAUUGCUGGCUCAGUGACUUGACUUGAGAGCCGGGCUAGUUUAGUGGGAAGAGCACUGAACCUGGACUUAGAAGACUUAGCACCAAGUCUCAGCACCUCCUCUGAGCCUGUUUUCUCCAUUGCAAUGGGGAGAAUAACACUUGUUACCUACCUCACAGGGUUGUUGUGAGGAAAGCCCUUUGGAACCCUUAGAGGACUCUAGCAAUGAGGACCACUAGUGUGGCCCCAUGGGAAUAAGCUAAUAAGGGUCUCUUCUCUUAGUACAAGAAAGUGAUGGAUUGAGGGAAACCCUCUGUGGCAGCACUGCCAAAGAUAAUCUAUUACUGGACAAAAGGGAAGGUAAAAUCCCAAUACGAGAAGCAAUGUGGUCUGGUGGAAAGAGCCCUAGGUAUGGCUGCCAACCUGGGAUGUCUGGGAACCUUUGUGACCAUGGGCAAAUCUCCUCCCCUCCCUGAGCCUUGGUUUCCUUUUCUGUAAGAUGGAAGCAUUAGUACUUGCCCCAGUUACCUCCCAUGGGUUAUUGUGAGGGGGGUGCUUUGUAAGCCUUCAAUUGCCAGAGAAGAGAAACUCCUAUAUUGAUAAUCAGGAAGGCUGGGAUUUAAACCCUUGACUCCAAAUCCAGGGCACUUGCCCCUGAACCAUACUGUGGGAAGGCUUUCGAUGCCAUCGAGUUUAGCAAAUAUGGAACCACUGAAGCUCCUUGUGUGAGGGGGAGGGGAGGGGGUGUCACAUGGUUGGAUCUGCACUUUACAAAGAUCACUUUGGCAGCUGAGUGAUGGAUUGGAGUGGGGAGAGAGACUAGAGGCAGGCCCUCGGCCCCCCCACCCCAGGUAUUGCCAUUGUGUGUGUGUGUGUGUGUAUGGGGGGGUGAUGAGAGCCUGCACCAGGGGGUGGCCAGUUGUGAGAAGUACUGUAUAAGCAGAAUCAGUAGGACUUGGGAAAUGAUUGAGUGGGGGGUGGGGGUGAGGGAGAGGUUGACAGGUUUGAAUUAUGGUGAAUAAAAGGAGGCCUGGCACCCCAGACAGAAUUUGUAGGGAAAUCAGGAAAUGGAGAAGAGGGCACAGGGAGAUCAGGAGCUCCAUUUUGGACAUGUCAAGUUUGAGGGAUGCCCAUUGCUUUCCAAUAGAACUAGAAUGUAAGUGUCAAUAAUCAAUAGACAUUAAGCACCUACUAUGUGCCAAGCACUGUGCUAAGUGCUGAGGCCACAAAUAAGAAAAAGAAAGACAGUCUUUGCCCUGGAGGAGCUUAAAAUCGAAGGGGGAAGACAAUAUGCAAGAGGAAGCUGAAAAGGUCGGGGAAGAGCAGCAGCCACCACAGGGUACCUGGCAUGGUGGGUACCAGGGGGCGUGACUGACACUCAUAGGAGUCAAAACCAGGCAGAGCAGCUGAUGGAAAAUGAAGAGUUUAGGAGGGGCAGAGCCCCAUGAUACUGUCACUAUGGGAGCCUCAGUUUCUCAUCUAUAAAAUAGGGACAGUAAUCUUGUCCCCAAGGGGCUCCUAUUUUUCCAGGUGAUCUCUGAGAGAAAGCCCGGGGGCAUCUUACGGAAUUGGAGAUUGAGCUAAGUCUUGAAGGAAGUCAUAGACUAGGGAAAGCAGAAGGGAGGAGGGAAGGCACUCCAGGAAUGGGCUACAGCCAGUGAAAAGGCAACAAUUGGACAGUUCGAGGAAGGUAGUAAAAUAUAAGGAGACUGGAAAGGGAGAAAGUGGCCUGGCUAUGAAGGGCUUUUAAUAACAAACAUGAUUUCUUAUUUGGUCCUAAAGGUAAUAUGGAGACACUGGCAUUUAUUGAAUAGGGGAGUGGCCUGGUCAGACCUGUACUUCGGGGAAAUCGUUUUGGCAGCUAUGUGCAGGAUGAGGUUUGAAGUGGGGAGAGACUUGCAGCAGAGACACCAACUAGGAGGGAAGUAUGAGUUGAGGUCCUCAGUUGAGGGUUUGGAGAAUGAGAAGCUUGAGAGGAAAUGUAAAGGUUUGGAAUAACUGCUGUAGGGAGAGGAGAGGCAAUUGGUCAGGGAGGUGUCAAAGGAUUUCCUUGCUGAUGGAGCUCAGUUGACUGUGACCACCACAGCAUCAGCAAAGUACAGCAAAGAGGAGCACGUUGUUUGAGCACAACAGCCAUAUAGUAGUGACAGUGCAAGUCUUUUACACCCAUUUACCUGACACUCAUCCCAAAACCUCCAAGCUGGAAGGGACCUUAGGGUCAAGUGCAAUCUAAACUUGAGCCGGACUCUCCUCUCCAGCCUCCCCUAGAAGUGGGGGGCACUGGAGUGGAGUACAGAGAAGCUGCUCACACACUGUUCCCCAUGGCCUCCAUUACCUCAGUUAGAAAAUGAGGGGCUUAGAUUAGAUGAUCUUUUAGAUCCCCCCUCUGCCUUGAAGUCUCUGAGCCUCCGAAUGCCCAUCCUGCUUGUGGGCACCUCGGCUUUCUCUUUGCAGUGUCAGUAGCAGAGCUGGCAGUUGCUCCAAGGUCUUGAAUCCAAAUCUCAUGAAGAGCACUAUGAGAGAUGUCCCAGGAGGGAUAGGAGCCAUUGCUUCCUGGGGGAGAUAGCACUGGAGUUGGGCUUUAGAAACAAAAUGGCUCCACAUGUGUGGCUGUUCAUCUUUGUGGCCCACCUUGGGUUCCACAAGUAAUAGGCCUAUGAUUCUAGAGCUAGAAGAAAGCCUAGGGAUCAUCUAGGCCAACCCCCUUAUUAGAGGCAGAAACUUUGAUGUAGCACAGAAGCAGCACUUGCCCAAAGUCACACAGUGAAUUUGUAGAUUUAGAAACUAGCUGGAAGGGACUUGAGAAUUCCUAGUUCUGUCUCUUUCCAUCGAUCUUUUCCAAAGUCAGGAUUCGCACUGGAGCCUUCCAGCUCCUAGUAUGCUUGCACUAGCCCUUAUUGCCUACUCUGAUGUUUAUAGAGGGAUUCCUGGAGGGAGGAGGAACCUACCUACCCACCCCCUCCUGUGGCCAGAGGCUGGCUGACUAGUGUGUGAUAGGACUCCACACUUGCCCAACCAGCCACUUGGCCAAUAGGAAUUUGUUUUGCUUGACUAUGCAUAUUUCUUACAAGGGUUGUUUUUUGUUUUUGUUUUUUUGUUUUGUUUUUGGUGAGGGAGGGGGAAGGGGAUUGAAAAAAAAUUACAAAAAUAAUACUUGGGGAGUCAGGAGACCUGGGUUUAAAUCCUGACUUUAACCUCUUGCCUUUUUUCCCUUCUUGGGAGCAAGGCUUUUGCCUGCCUAUCUUCUUGGAUCCUCCAUGACUAACAGUGCUGUGCAAAUAGCAAAUGUUUAGUAUGUGUCUGCUGGCAGCUGGGUGGAUGGAGUGCUGACCUAGGCCUCAGGAAGACCCAUGUUUGGAUCUAGCCUUAGACACUUACUAGCUGUAUGACCCUAAGCAAGUCACUUAACCUCAGCCUUAGUUUCCUCAUAUGUAAAAUGGGGAUAGUUGGGAGGAUCAACUGCGAUAAUAUACGUAAAGUGCUUUAUAUAACGUUAGCUAUUAUUGUUAUAUUAUAUUAUAAUUAUUGUUAUUAUUCUUGAAUGGUCUCUGGAUGGACGAGUGGCUUCAUCUCUGAGCCUCAGACACUCUCACAAAUGGGGAUAAUACCUGUAGUACCUACCUCAGGUUUGUUAUGAGACUCCAAUGAGAAAGCGUCCGAUUAAGCACCUUGAUGCCUUAAAAUAUCAUAGAAAUGUAAGCUAUUCUUAUUUUAAUAAAUGUCAUUGAUGCUC